AUGGCUCCAUAUUCAUACUUGUACUCUAUUUAUAUAGAUCGACAAGAUCAAUCAAUAAUUCUCAAUCACAAGCUGUGGAACAAGCGAAGGAACUUCAAAGAACUCUAUCUCCUGAAUUUCCAAGGCCUUCCUAAAUAUUUCUGCGAGGUGAAUUUGCCCAAGACUGAUUCUAUGAUUGUUUUGGAAGAUGAGAGUGGAAAAGAAUAUAAAACAAAGUAUCUUACCGAUAAGAUAGGUUUAAGUAGUGGUUGGAGAGGGUUUUCUACAGCUCAUAAUUUACAUGAGGGUGACGUUUUAGUUCUCCAUUUAAUCCAACCUUUAAGGUUCAAGGUGUACAUCAUAAGAUCUCAUAUGUCAAAUGAAAUGGAUGCUGCUCUAAGCCUUCUAUGUUUAAACAGUUGCAUGCAACAACAUGAUCUUGAUGUUCCUCAAGAAAAUGACUUAAACAAUAACAGAAUGAUAUGUGAUGCUAUACCACUGUCAAAUCACCUUGACUUCACAAGUGAUGAUUUAGAAGAAAAUGUUGGUCUUGAAGCUUUGAAUGGGAUUGUAUUGGCGAGAUCUAUGAUCACUUUCCAACAAGUAACAAGUAUUGAUAAUUUUAGCAUCGUGGUUAAUGGCUUGGUACUUGACUCCCAACUACCCCAACACCUCAAAACCAAAUACUAUGAACUUUGUUGUAGUCAGCAAAUGUUUCUUCAUGAGCAUCUUCUUGGAGGUCAAAAUUGUCAACUAGUCAUUGGAAUGAUUCGUGAGAUCAUUAAUAUUUCUGAUGCCAUUAAAGCUAGCAAGAUCACAACCCCUUCAAGUAGUUUUGUUGUGUGGCAUAAAAAGUUAAAAGGCCUUGAAACAUGGGGCAUGAACGUUAGGUUCUUGCUUACUAGGCUAGAACAGCUUAUGAUUUUAGCUUCAGAACUUAAGAGCUACGAGGAGGCAAGGAAAGAUCAAGAGCACAUUGAAAAAGAAAAGAAAGAUCUUGAAAUAAAACUUGAAGAAGUUGAAGAAACAAUAAAAAGACUUGAUGGUGAGAUUGACUCUCUAAAUCUAAACCCUGAGAUGUUGGAGGUUGAGUUUCAAGAACUUGCUAAUGCUCAUUGGUGA